AUGAUUCGAUUAUAUUAUAUCCUCGCUUUAGCGGUUUUGACACAUCAUGGUGCUCAAGGUGAUCAGGGUUUCGAGGAUGAAACACGUAUAGUAGGGGGCCAGGAAGCAGCAGACGGGGAGUUCCCUUAUCAAGUUUCUUUGAGGCGGUAUGGAACCCAACAUUUCUGUGGCGGUUCCAUCAUAGCAUCACAGUGGAUUCUUACAGCGGCGCACUGCACUAUUAAAAAUAAAAAAGACGUCAAAGUAGUAGCCGGAACUAACAGCCUUACAAAAGGCGGAGACAAAUACGACAUUGAGGAAAUUAUACAACAUGAAAGCUACGUUUAUGCUUCUUUGGUAAACGACGUUCAGCUCUUGAAACUGACCAAGGAGAUCAAAUUCGGGAGCAAAGUUGCUGCUAUAGACUUACCCACUAAGGAUACACCUGAAAACGUCGCGUUGGUUACAUCAGGGUGGGGUUACAUUAACAAUAACAAGCAAAUGCCAGACAAAUUGCAGAAGCUCAAUGUUAAAUCUUUGACCGUUAAGGAAUGUCAAGAGAGUGGCGUAAAAAUAUAUCAAAGAACCCACAAGAUUACGGAUAAGCAAAUCUGUGCAUUUAAUAAAGAUAAGACUGGUGCCUGCCAGGGUGACUCGGGAGGCCCACUUGCCGAUAAGAACACGCUCGUGGGCGUCACUUCGUGGGGAGUACCGUGUGCUAGAGGCAGUCCCGACGUCUACACCAGGGUGUUUGCCUAUCUGGACUGGAUUAAAAAGCAUAUGAAAAAGUAG